UUCUUCCCCCUGAAACACCUUUGUUCCGUGUUUGCAGUAGAUGUUCUCAUUAUUCACUUUCAUAGAUUUUUUACAUUGCUGAGCAAUUACUGUGAACUUGGAUUUUAUUCAUGUCAAAACGUAAAAGGAUUUUGCAAGGUUAUAGGAAACUUUGUGGUUGCAAAUAUUUCUCACCGCAAAUUUGUUAAAGAUCAGUGACAAAUGGCUUGGUUGUAAAUUUAGUUUUACUACGAAGAAUCAUGAAAUACAGUGUUUGGGAAUAGAUAUUGGUUCUCACCAUGCCAUGGAGACCUACAGCCUUACCAAACAAUGACUGUUGACUGUAUCAUUAAAGACCAUAACACCGCCAAUGUUACCAUCAAUUCAGACCAGCAUCCUUCAAUUACACCUCUUUGGGUCCCUCUGGCUGAGUUUAUCAUAUAUUCACAAUAUUGAUACAUUGUUAGAAUUUUUGUAACAUAAUGGAGUUGUUUCCCAUUAGAUCAAAUAUUUUCAGAAGAGAUUACAACGUUGAAUAUUUUUUCUGUGUUGUAAUUUAGGAAUUAUAGUAUAUUUAAUGAUUUUUUCAAGCUUAGCUGCUCAAAUCUCAAUAGAUGAUACACUGCCCUAUAUUUAAAUCAGGAUUUGUAAAAAGGAGGGUUGUCAACUUGUCAUGAAUGCUGAAGUUGUGUUGCGAUUGCAGCGUCCUGUAGUCACUGUAAUACCAAGAGCAGGUGUUGCUAAAUAAGGAUAAUUCUCAGACUGCAUGCAGAGACAGGCAACAAAAUUAAUGCAUCAUGGUAAUUCUCAAGUUCUUUGUGAGAUUGCCAUAAAUAGAUCAAUGAAUUUCAUUUUUGAAUAACUUCUUCGCCAAAUGAUGUGAUCUAUCACCUGAGUACUCAGACUGUCAUGCUCAGCCAUGUGUGAACGUAGAAUGUGUUAUGUACAAUCAGACUCCAAUAUGCAAAUAGGUCUGAAUGUAUUUAAAAAUUUAUUUUCGGCAUUCAUUCCAUAAUAUAGAGAAUGUACCAGCUGUAUCAGUGAUAUUGAUAUCUUCAACCAUCCAGGCCCCGAGUUGGACAGAUAAAUUUAUGAAGAUCAUGAUAUGAUCCUUUCUUUAGGUAUAUGCUAAGUCGGACUUGUAUGGGCAUGUAGCUGGAAAUAUCUAAUGCAAUAUAGGACAGGGACUAACCCAAGAGGCUCUGCCGGGCAAAUUGUGCUGAGUCUGUUGUUUACUUGACUCAGCUUGUUAACUUGUAACUUGAUAUUGUACAACUCUGCACCUUGUUGUCCUAAAGUUUUUUUCCUGGAUGGUUUCAAGGUGAUUUGCAUUUUAUUUGUGUCCCGUAAAUGAUGUUUUUCCUGGUCGAUAUGCGCAUUGUUUGUCCCAAAAGUAUUCUGUGUGUCUGUUACGGAGGUUAAGCAUAUGUUUUUAAAACAUUUAUAGCAACACUGGGUGCCCUAGAUAACAAGGUCAAUGCAGUUGUUUGUUAUUUACCUAAUAUAUGAUUAAAAAUAAAAUUUAAGUGUUUUGUUUUGAUUGUGACUCUGAACGUGACCAAAAAUGUGACUUAAAUGUAAAUGACAAGGAAUGCUUUAGUUUGCAUUAUUUCUACUUUGGUGUGUGAGAGAGCUACACGUGACUGACAUGGAAGCUUCGAGACUAAAAUAUCAGGGGCCUGUUUGCAACAAAGUUCAAAGUGUACUGACCCGACAAAGUCUCCCCCUCUAUACACACAACUGCAAAGAACUGAGGGCACCUGUAUACAGAGGAACUUGUCUGUCGCAUAAUCCAUACCGAUCCUCUGUCGCCACGCCCAAAAUCAGCCCCGGGGUGCACCGUAUCGCCUCGCGUCACAACAACCUACACCUUACAAUACCUCUAAAGCCACCACCCAGGAAGGCAGUCCUUGGUGCACCUGGGUCGUCGUGGUUACAUCGCCCGGUCCUGUCCAGGCAACACUCACUUGUCACGCCCCUACAGCUCAUGACAGUCGGGGCCAAACCGGGCACUUCCAAGCCCAGAGGAGACAUGGAUUUUUUGAGUGGUGACUACUCUAAUGGCCCACUCUAUGACCACACUGUCAGUGGGGAGGUUAAUAUGAUGGACUCCACAAUUUUCGCGUCCAGUCCAAACUCUUUAUACAUGUAUGAACAGGAGAAAAAUGACAUGCAGAGUUUCAGUGACACUUCCUGUAAUGGCAGUAUGACGAGCCUCCUUAAUGAGGAGCCGUUUGAGCUUAAAUCACAAUACGAGAAUUCGUGUGACAUUUCAAUGCCUGCUAGUGGAGGGAGCACAGUGACAACCACAAGCAGUGCUACUGGAACAUUCUCUGACAGUUCUUGGGUGAACAAUGCCGCCAGUCAGUCAUCCAGCUCAAAUCUAGUCAAAUCGGAGGAAUUCGAACCAACCUUGGCUGAACUGAACACGGUCACAUCAGAGGAGAAUACCAUGAUGGACAUUAGUAGCAUCACAGAUUACAUAUCCCCUGAAAACAUGCAGCAGCUGGACCUUCUGCUCUCUGCAGCUCAGCAGUCCUUCACAAACGGGGAUAACAGCAGUGCGGCCAGUGAACUCAAACAAAAUUCCAGCGAUCGCGGCCGCAGUAAUUCAGCCAGCGAGAUGUCCAGAACAUGGACCACGACAUCCCCUACACAGGAUAACAAGCCCGUGUUUUCUGGUGACAUUAAGCCCAGCUAUCAGCGACAGCCUCUGCCGAGUCACCGGCUCAGGCACUCUAGUGCAUCCUCCUUCUCCAACAAACACCCUCAGAAAUCCACCAUAGAGUCCUCACAACUCCAUGAACUCUUGUCAAGGUCAAUUCGACCUGUUACCGUGACAACCAUGGAAAACUCAGUAGCCACCUCAACUCCCUCAAAGCUUAGUCCAGGAAAACGGAAACUGGCAAUGUCUCUUGAGGAGGAAUCCAAUUCUGUGGAUAAAAAGUGGGAGGAGAUCAAACAACUGUUGUACCCAGAGGAGAAACACUCUCCCUGUCGGUCCAAGUGUAAACGCCAGAGUCUUGAUUCCACCAGCUCUGCUCCUUCUUUUGAGGACUCUGAUUCUGACUCCGAUGUCAAUGAUUUUUCAGACUCAGACUCAGAAGGAAGUCAGGAAGAAUGGAAUGCUGGGAGAUCGUCUCGCGAGUCCCGCCAACAUCGGAAGGAUCAAUACUUCUGGCAAUACAACAUUCAGUCCAAGGGUCCCAAGGGAAAGCGGGUCAAGUUUGGGAUGGAGGAAAACCCACACAAAGUCCAGGAUUUUGAGGACCCAGUUUUCGACUCUUCCUCAGCCUCUCAGCUCGGAACGACCAUUCGUCACGGAGGGAAAGCUCGUAAAGGGGACGGAAACGACGUCUCACCCAAUCCCAAAAAACUUGUCCAGAUCGGGUCUCAGAUCAAAAAGCUUAACAAACAGAUCAACAGCUUUGCGCCACUCAGUGAACUCCCUGUGUCCACGAGGAACAAGUCCAAGAAAGAGAAAAACAAACUGGCUUCAAGAGCCUGCAGAUUAAAGAAGAAGGCCCAACACGAAGCCAACAAAGUUAAGUUGUAUGGAUUGGACAUAGAACACAAGCAGCUGUUGAACGUUAUAGAUACCAUCAAAGAGGAUCUCCACAACUUCAUCGUCAAGAAAGGGCCACAACUCAAGUUCUCAACCCGACUACAGAACCUGGUCAAGGAAAAUUUGACAAUUCAAGUCGCAGGGAACACUACAGAGUACGUCAAUACGGUCAUCACCAAAGUGGAGGCCGGGGACCCAAAAGGAGGCUUGGACAGUUCCAAGAAAUCGCGAGUGCAGAAUGAACAUACUUGAAUCUUGUCACGUGAACUUAGCAUAAUAAGGCAUUCAUGAUCAGGUUGUGUAAUCCCGGUGACGACGAAGCGGCAGUGUGAUCGGCAAAGAGACAGUCUGGCCGCGGGUAAAAUUCCCUUACCAAACACAGUGCUGAGUAGAUGUGAAUAUUUACAGGUCUCAUAGAAUUGGUGCACAUUUUCCUAGUGUAUUUAGUUUCUUGUUGUUCCUGAUUUUUUUUGUGGAUAUUAUUCUCAGCAUGCCAUAUUACUUCAUGAGUGAAGUGCUUUAAUGUACAAAACAAAAGCUAUCUAAAUAGCAUUCAAUGAUUUGUAACAAUAGAGAGUAUAGAAUUCUGUACAGUCAUUAUUUUAUCUUUUUAAGAUAUAUCUUAGGCUUGUAUACAAAGGUACAUUGUACAUAUGUAUAUAUAGAUAAUAUACUGUAGAUAAGUAAAUGUGCAAUACACAGAGAGAGAGAGAGGGAGGGCCAUUGUUUAUAAGGUCCCUGAAUCUACAGUGUAAAUAAUAUUCUUUGUACACAGUUUGAAUUCAUUUUGUUUGUUAUAUUUUAGUUAUCAUGUUAUCAGUGCUAGAUGUACAUAUUUAUACUGUUGUAAUAAAUUUGUUGUACAAAAAAAAAUCCUUUUUCCAUUGGGGAGCACCUUUAAGUGUACAAGUGGGAUGUACAGUGUGUAUACAGUGUGUGUGUACAUGUAAUGUGUGUACCGAGUGUCAUUACACACCUGGUUUAAGGAUCAUGAUGCAAUCUUAGACUUAAGUCAAAAAUUGUACAAUGUCUUAAUGGUUUUUCAUUGAAACCACUGUCAAAAUUGAAAAGCUUUUUAAAAGAGUCUUGACAUAGCGUUGUCAAUUACAAAUUUCAAUUGUCAUUUUAGGAUAAAGAAUCAUUUUAUGACUGACUGAAAGUUUGAUUUAAGUCUGAAAUUGCCUUGUGAUCCCGAGGCCUGGUGUUCUCUCCCGGUCAGUAGAUGACACUUCCUGUCCCAUAGGCCAGACAUUUUCUGUUGCUGGAUGAGUUGACUGGCUGGUUUGGAGAAUGUUGACAUCAAACUUGUUUCUGUUGGUUAGAUCUGUUAAAUUUGAUGCAUUUUCUGUAUGGAUGUCAAUAUUCUGUCUGUGUGAAUCAAUAUUUCGGGGGGGUUUUUGUGUGUGUGUUUUUUAAAAAAUAUCAGUAAAAAUAUCGGGGGACAUGUUAAUACAGUGUCUUGAAUCAAAAUACAUUCUGUUGGAAGGAUUGUACCAUAAUUUUUUUUUUUGUGGAAGAAUUGUGAAAGAUGUUGCGUUUUAUACGUAUAUGUGCAUUGUUUGGUUAGACAUGAAGAUUCCGGUCUAUAUUUGUGAUUGACAUUCGCCUCAUUUCAUUCUAUUACCGGUAAUUAGAAUUUAUCUACCACUUGUUGUGGUGAGUGAUGGAAAGAGUUGCCUUCUCCUGGAAGCUUUGUGUGGCAGAAACUUGUUUGUUUGUUAUUGUUACAUCUGUUUACUUGUUUAUCUGUUAUUUAUGUCAAAUGCUCAAAUGUUGUCUCAUCAAAAAAUCCAAACAGCGUAAAAUGUGCCGAGUACAUCUGUACUCCAGUCGUGUCAUCUGAAUCUGUUAAAUUAAUGACUUGAUGUUUUCUGCUUUCCGUGACACAAAAUAGUGAUUAAUUUUUGAUUGCACGUAGAAAUUGAUUCCUUUUAUUUGUUAAUGAUUAUCUUUCGCUGUCUGUGGUAAUAUUAAUGGAUUUGAUAGCUUUGACUAAUGUUAAUUAAUUACUUUACUGCUAUAAAUAUAAUGAUCAGUGUUAUGGGCACUGAGAAAUGGAACUUAUUAAAACAGAAUUAUUCCAACAUAUUCAAAAAUAAAUAUGUCGUUGAACUUUUAAUUUUUUUCUUGUUUUCUUUUUGCGUCGCCUGAUGGCGAGAUUUACGGCCAUGCUGUCGAGACUUGGUGCUAUGUGUGGUCUGGGUCAUGUAUGUUCUCUUGGUUAGGAUCAAUGUGAAUUAAUACCAGUGAAAAGGGCGUAGUGUAAAAGUAGGUCUUGUCUUCUAUAAGGUUGUGUGGAUUGGACAGAGAUCUUAGGAGAUUCCAUAGACUUACAGCCAACAAUGUUUUAAAUAGAUGUGUGUUUUAAUUUGUUUCUAUUAGCAAUAUGGUGCAUAAUCAUGUCUGUAUAAUUCUUUGAUCAUCGCUGUGACACAGAAUACAGAAGAUGUAGUAGUUAGUUUAAGAUUUCAGUGCAUAUUCCCCAUCAAUUUACACGGCUGUUCAUUUUUUAAUUGGAUUACUAACUAUAAAUGUGUAAUGAGAACUAUGUUACAAACAUUUUAACAAGAUUUGUUCCUGAAUGACUUUAGUUACUACUGGGCUUUCACUAUGUCAGCAAUAUCUUGUAUCACAAAUCAAAUACACAUGUACCUUGUAAAUGGAAUAAUUAUCAUUGUGACCUGUUUAGAAAAUGUUACUCUUUAAAUAAAUUUUGUAAAAAACA